CGGCGGACUCCAACCGUCAAUCGGCCACCCAGCCUGACCACCACAACCACCAAUCUCUCUUCAGGAUCAGUUCAAGUGUCUCCUUGUGAUCGAACGCUCAGCGAACCAACCCGGCACGAUGGAAGUCGACUUCGAAGAUCUCGUCACCAAGCAGCUUGAUCCCAACGACUCAUCCCAGACCCGGACCCAGGCGGAACAUGCUGCACUACUUACUUCUCUCGACCGGGCCACUCGAUCGAGGCAACUCGCCGUGCCUACCAAUGAGGUCGCGAUUCGUGUCAGACUACGCGAGCUUGGGGAGCCUAUGACGCUCUUUGGUGAACGACCAGAAGAUAGACGCGAUCGGCUACGGUACGUGUUGAGUCAGAUCGCCGAAGCCAAAGGCUGGGAACUCGAGAAGGACGCUGGGGCUGGUCAGGAUGAAGGUGGCGUUGAUGGGAAGGAUGAAUCUGAUUCUGACGAUGAAGAAGAGUUCUAUACCGAAGGUUCUGAGGCCCUCUUAGUCGCCCGAAGAUCGAUUGCCGAUUUCAGUCUGGCUAAUGCUCGCAAACGAAUCUCGCGUCAAAAGCUUGAAGCCAAACUUCCACUCAGUAAGAUCAUGGCUACCCGCAAAUCGGUCUAUGCUGAGCUUAAAACAUACACAAAUUUAGGAUCACAGGUUGGAGAUGAACGUCCGAUUUCAAUCGUCAGGUUCUCGCCCAACUCUCGACUGUUAGCCACCGGGUCUUGGACGGGAACAGCCAAGAUUUGGAACGUCCCUAGUUGUACUCCCUAUGCUGAAAGCAAAGAAAGCAAAAACAUUUUCAAAGGUCACUCCGAUCGAAUCGGUGGUUUGGCUUGGCACCCCGGAGCCACCCUCAGCCAGUCCACAUCUAGUGCGAACUUCAUCACUGGUGGCGCAGAUGCCAAAGUUCAAGUUUGGUCUCUAGACAAUGAACAGCCUCUUCGAACUCUGGAAGGACAUGGUGCACGGGUUUGUCGUGUGGCGUUUCAUCCUGCUGGUCGACAUGUAGCGUCUAGUUCGUUCGAUACAACCUGGCGUCUUUGGGAUGUUGAGACGGGUGACGAGCUUCUGGUCCAAGAGGGACACUCGCGGGAAGUCUACAGUCUUGAAUUCCAGUCCGAUGGCGCAUUACUAUGUUCUGGUGGCUUGGAUGCCAUCGGACGGGUAUGGGAUCUCAGAAGCGGCAAGACAGUGAUGGUACUUGAUGGACAUGUCAAAGACAUCCUUGCCAUUGACUUUUCUCCAAACGGGCAUCAAAUUGCAACUGGAUCAAAUGAUGACAACAUCAGGAUAUGGGACAUCCGUACACUCAAAGCGAUCUACACCAUUCCAGCCCAUACCUCAGCGGUCUCAGACGUCAAAUUCUAUCGUGCACCAGCAAUCCCUGGCUUCAAGUUCCCGUAUACGAUUGACGUCGAAGGGAAGACUAAGGACGAGAAACAGAGCGCAGCGGCGUUUCUCAAUGGCUCAGAUCGAAUCAAACUUGAGGAAGGCGAGCCUGUCGAAAACGAAGUUGAGGUUCCUCUCAGUGGUUUAUACUUGGCCAGUUGUGGUUAUGACGGCUAUGUGAAAUUGUGGUCUGCUGAUGAUUGGCAGUUAAUCAAGGCCAUGUCGAGUGAAGCCGGGGGGAGAGUAAUGAGUGUAGAUGUCGGCAGUGACGGAAAAUUUAUGGCUUCUGGAGAAUGGACAAGAACAUUUAAGCUGUGGUCGGCCGAAAACAUCUCGCUAACACUAUAAUAGAUAAUCUUUCAUGAUCUUUUUUCAGCAACCAAAACUAACAAAAAAAGCGCAUCACAGAGAGACCCUUUCAGUGGAACGAAUGUGAAACCAAGGUUGUUUGAAUCGCUCCAGUGACUCUUCAGAGUGCCCGCACCCCCAUGAAUGUCUCGAUCGCAGGAUCGGAACAUUUACAAAGUUAUUGUAUUCACUCGAAAUCUGUAGAGGAUGUGUAAGAAUGAAUAAGACGGCGGUGAAUGGUGCCGUUUGUAGAAGACGGACACUAGAUAAAGCCUUAGAUUUCGUAGUUGGUAGAACAAACGUUCUACCCCAAGUCGCUCGAUACCCUUCAAGCACUAAGCUAGGUUUGGACGGCGAAUGAUUCUCGAACAUGGAAUGUUCAAUAAAGGCCGAUGAAGUGGUGUCAUGUUCAGAGGAUUGGAUUAUUCAUGGACAUCUCUCGUGUGAAAUACAAUGUGCCCCCUCCUGUCUCUCCAUCAACCUGAACAGGCCCCAUCAUCAUCUAAUAUUCAGAGAAUGGUGUGAUGGAUGAACUCAUCUUUCAAGCGCUUGUAUCGAUGGAGGAUCUGUCUAUGUAAGCUACCAUAUGUCAUUAGCACCAUUCAUGCAAUCUUCACCAAUGAGAGAAAUGGUUGGAGAAGAUGUGUGUGGGUACAUUGGAAUGCUGAUCUUCAAGCAGUCUUGG